AUGGAGCCGCUCCUCGCGAGUGAGCACGCGCGGCCGGCGCCGGGCGCCCUCCAGGACGCGAAGCUGACUCACGGCACGCCGCCGUCCGUCGUCUGCCGCGACCUCCGGAAAGUUUACGGCGGCAAGGCCGUCGUCGACGACCUCAGCCUCGACAUGUACGAGGGCGAGAUCUUCUCGCUGUUGGGCCACAACGGCGCGGGCAAGUCGACGACCUGCGGCCUCCUGACGGGCAUCGUCGCGAGCGACUCGAAGAGGGAAGAUGGGGGCGCGGUCGUCUACGGCCACGGCAUCCGCGGCGGCAUGACGGCCGUGCGCCAGCUCGCGGGCUUCUGCCCCCAGCACGACUGCCUCUUUGAGAAGCUGUCCUGCUACGAGCACGUUGUCUUCUUCGGGCGACUGAAGGGGCGGGCCCAGGCGGACGCGGAGCGCGCGGCCGCAGAUCUGCUGGACCGGUUUCGAUUGGGCGACCGGCGGAGCGACCUGGCCUGCGAGCUGUCCGGCGGCAUGCGGCGCAAGCUGUCGACGGCAAUCGCCCUCUGCGGCGGGUCCAAGUUCGCGCUGCUCGACGAGCCGACCGCGGGCAUGGACGCGCUCGCGCGACGCGAGCUCUGGGACCUGCUCGCCGCCGUGAAGCGGGACCGCACGGUCCUGCUGACGACGCACUACAUGGACGAGGCCGACGCCCUGGGCGACCGCAUCGGCAUCAUGGUCUCCGGCGUGCUGCGGUGCUGCGGGACGUCCCAGUUCCUCAAGCGGUACUACGGCGCGGGCUACCGGGUCGUCUGCGAGCGG